UUUUCAUAUAUGUUCAAACGUAUAUAAUUGCAAAUUACAAGCCCCGGAGAAUGUUAUUUUUAAGUUUUCACUUUUACGGUAAGUUCCAUUAAUCCAAAAAAAGAGUGAUCUAAAAACGAAUGAUAAUUUUUUUUUAAAUUCCUACUAAACAAUAAUUCAUGUAGCUUAAUUAAUAUUAUCUUAGAUAGCAGAAUGAAUUAGCAAAUUUCUAGUGAAUUUUAAUAUUAUUUUUUUGACUUAUUCAGAAUGAAAAUAUAGUAAUAAAAGAAUUAAAUAUUACGUCAUUUUUGCAAUAAAAAAAAGGGACAAAUGACCGCGUGGUUCAGUUUUUGGAUAAAAACUGUAUAUCAUGCUUUAAUAUUAAUUCGAUAUAAUUGAUAAUUGAUUUUUUUUUAUAAAAAUAUAAGAUGAUACUUUACUUAUUUUUAACUAUUUUAAUCUAUAAAAAUGACAGAUGUACUUAUUAUUGUAUAUGAUGUACAGUAUACUGAAUACCGGCAUUUUUUGUGACAUGUAAUUAUAUACAUACUUAUAUAUUAUGUACAUCUUUGAAAGAUUAAAAAAAUAUUUUAAAUUUAUAAUUUGCUUCUAAAUUUUUAAAUAAAUAAUAUCUUUUUAUUAAUUAUAAUUAUAUUUAAAGUAUAAAGUAAUUUAGCUAUUAAGUAUAUUUCUCGAUUUUCUCUUAUACAGUUGAUUUGCUGAAAAUUUAAAGUGUAUAUAAAAUAAAAUUUUGAGAACAUCAUGCGUGCUAGUGUAGCGCAUGGAAAAAUUGGGUCGAUGUGCGAAAGAUGGCGGCUACUGCGUGGUGUGCGUGAAAAAGAUUCGUGCGUAGAUUUUGUCUGUAGUUUUUAUCAAAACAUGACAAAAUAUGGAAAAAUCUAUUUACAUGUGCACAAGGCUAUUAUAGGUGGAAGAUUCGUAAUGUUGAUGAAUAUUCAGAUUCCAUGUUUCCCAUCCGCGUAAAAAUCGUUUGUUUACGAUAAAGUUUGUAUAAUAUUUCAACGUGAAGUGAAGUGUUGCAAGGGAAAAAGAGACCCUAACAUAGACGAGAUUGGAGAUAAAGUGCAGCCGGACUUCGGCCCGGUAAGAAGAUCAGUAGAGAUGCUGAAGCAAUUGCAGAUGGGGAUGAGAGCUUUUCUCUUGAUGGCCUCCCGAGUGUGGACAUGCGUCUUCUUUCUUCUCAAGAAGCAGGUUAGAGCCAUAUCACAAAUGCAACCUGUUAAAUAUGAAAUCUUCCCAUUAUCUCCAUUAUCAAGGCACAGACUUAGUAUAGUUAAAAGGAAAGUAUUAGUAUUGGAUUUAGAUGAAACAUUAAUUCAUUCUCAUCAUGAUGGAGUGGCAAGGCCAACAGUUAGAUUUGGUACACCACCAGAUUUUAUUCUUAAAGUGAAGAUAGACAGACAUCCUGUUAGAUUUUUUGUCCACAAAAGACCACAUGUAGAUUUCUUUUUAGAUAUUGUUAGUCAAUGGUAUGAAUUAGUGGUUUUCACUGCUUCCAUGGAAAUCUAUGGUGCAGCUGUUGCAGAAAAAUUAGAUAAUAACAGGGGUAUAUUAAGAAGAAGAUAUUAUAGACAACAUUGUACACCAGAAAUGGGUUCCUAUACUAAAGAUUUAUCUGCAAUUUGUUCAGAUUUAGCAUCAGUCUUUAUACUUGAUAAUAGUCCUGGAGCCUACAGAGCCUAUCCUCAUAACGCAAUACCAAUAAAGUCUUGGUUUAGCGACGCGGGAGAUACUGCGUUGUUGAGUUUACUUCCUGUUUUGGAUGCCCUUCGUUUUACACAGGAUGUACGGUCCGUUCUUUCAAGAAAUUUACAUUUACAUCAUACUUGGUAGCAUAGUUUGGAUUAAGUAAUAAACUAGAUUUAUUAGAGAUCGAGCUGCAAAACGUUUAGCGUGUUUAAUCUAGGGUUAUUGUUAUUGGUAAUAGAUAUAGGAUGCUGACUAAAUGAUGAGACGAUGAUCCCUGACCCCCUGUCCUCAUUUUCUACGCUCGUUAGAAAAUAAAAACGUAGCGAGUAAGUCUGAAAGGGAAUGGGACCUUUAACCAAACUAUUUACAUUAGCACAAAAUGUCCUGAUAUUUUCGUUAUGUUCAUGUGUGCGCAAUAAUAUAUAUAUAUACGUAUGCGUACACAAUACAUAUACAUACACAAA